UCAAGACCUGUUUAUACGAGCACGCGGGCAGCGCUCGCCUCCCCUCGGUGACACACUCACACACAGACAGACAGACAGAGAGGAGCAUGGCGAGCUGGCGGACAGCGCACACUUUCUCCCACUUAUCAGUGGGGUCCACGAAGACGACAUGCUUGCGAAUCCUGCGAAUUUUAUUUAUUGCGUUGUUCCAGGUGGCGCAGGCCGACAAACAAGCAUUCAUCCAGUCAGACACAAUUUUAGAGGUCCUGCAUUUUGGGGAAGGAGGCCUCUUGCCAACAGAGUCUGACAUGGAUCUUAAUUCAUAUCAUCAAAAAAGUGCACCAUUGCACCGGGGCAACUGCCGACCCAUACGGUUCGAGCCACCCAUGUUGGACUUCCACGAACAGCCUGUUGGGAUGCCCAAAAUGGAAAAAGUUUUCUUACACAAUCCUAGUUCAGAGGAAACUAUCAUUUUAAUAUCAAUAUCAGCAACCACAGCUCAUUUUCACGCAUCUUUUUUUCAAAAUAGGAUAAUCCCACCAGGCGGUAAUACAUCAUUUGAUGUGGUAUUCCUCGCCCGAGUAGUGGGCAAUGUAGAAAAUACUUUAUUUAUUAAUACAUCGCAUCACGGAGUGUUUACAUACCAGGUGUUCGGUGUUGGUAUACCCAACCCCUACAGACUGCGGCCAUUCAUUGGAGCCAGAGUACCAGUGAACAGCAGCUUUUCACCACUGAUAAACAUUCACAACCCGCACAGUGAGCCACUGCAGGUUGUUGAAAUGUACUCAAGCGGGGGAGACCUGCACUUAGAGCUGCCCACAGGCCAGCAGGGGGGAACCAGAAAAUUAUGGGAGAUUCCCCCUUUUGAGACAAAGGGGGUAAUGAGGGCAAGCUUCUCCUCACGGGAUGCAGACAACCACACAGCCUUCAUUCGGAUCAAAACCAAUGCCUCCAACGAGAACGAAUUCAUCAUUCUGCCAGUGGAGGUGGAGGUCACCACAGCCCCUGGUAUAUACUCCUCCACAGAAAUGCUGGACUUUGGUACGCUGCGAUCACAAGAUCGACCAAAACAGUUAAAUUUACAUCUCUUAAAUUCAGGAACAAAAGAUGUACCAAUUACUAGUGUGAGACCAACACCAUCAAAUGAUGCGGUUUCAGUAGACUUCAAGCCAGUCACGCUGAAAGCAGGCGAAAACCGAUACACCAAAGUUGCAAGCAUCAUUUUUGAUGCCUCAAAGGCACGGAAGCCAUUUCAGUGUUCUGGAAAAAUAACAGUGAAAGCAAAAGAGAAAAGUUACUCCAAACUUGAAAUCCCAUAUCAGGCCGAAGUUCUAGAAGGGUACUUGGGGUUUGACCACACAGCCACCCUCUUCCACAUUCGGGACAGUCCCACAGAUCCAGUGGAGAGACCCAUCUUCCUUACCAAUACCUUCAACUUUGCCAUCCAAAUUCACAACAUCUCCCUUCCUGAAGAGGCAAAGACUAUGUUUGGAAUCCAGAACUUCAGCAAGCCAAUCCUGAUUCCACCCCACGAGUCACGGAACAUCUUUACACUUGGUUUCCGCCCUGUGCGACCCUCAAUUCACAUAGACAGCAACAUUCUGCUCAUCACAAAUGCCUCCAGAUUCCACCUGCCCAUACGGGCUUACACAGGCUUCCUUGAGCCUGUCAUGCUGCCACCCAGCAUGGAGGAGCACUUUCUGGACUUUGGUGUGCUCAGCGCUUCUGACGUUAGCAGCUUGGUCUUUGUGGUCAUCAAUAGUAACCCCAUUGAGCUGGAGGUCAAGUCCUGGCUGGUUACAGGUGAUAGCCUCUCCAUGGAACUACUUCGGACUGAACAGGGCAAUAUAACUGUUGCGAUGUCCAGGACGCGGGAGUUGCAGAACACAUCAUCGUCUGACCAGAAAUCCGUUAUAUUGGCAUCAGGCUAUUACGCUGCAUUCAGGGUCACCCUGGCGGCGAAAGACCUAGAGGGGAUUUAUGAUGGAGCUGUGCAUAUCACAACAGAUUAUGAGAUAUUAACGAUACCAGUAAAAGCAGUCAUAGCAGUGGGAACCCUAACCAGUUCCCCGAAGCACAUCAUCCUCCCACCAUCGUUCCCGGGGAAGAUAGUCCACCAGAGUUUCAACAUAGUGAGUUCCUUUUCCCAGAGGGUGAAGCUCCAGCACAUACGCUCCCUCACGGAGGAUGUGCGCUUCUAUUACAGGAGGCUCCGAAACAACAAGGAUGAACUGGAACCUAAGCGCAAAUCAAAGGUUGCAAAUAUUUAUUUUGAUGCUAGUUUGCAGUGUGGGGAUCAUUGUUAUAUUGGACUGCCAUUUUUAUUAAAAUCGGAGUCAAAACCACAUGGGCUGCUGAUGCAGGAGAGCAUGUGGGAUGCAGAUAUUGACCUGCACAGAACACUUCUCAGACGUUGGAGAGAGCUGAAGGAGAACUCAGGGAGCGAGGUUGAGGCAGUGUUUGAGCUAAACACAGACCUUCAGAAGAAUGUGCAGGCCAAGGUCACAGCCCAGAUGACCUGGCCUUCCAUAAUCAACUCCUCACAUCAGAUCCUCUUCCCCCUGACCAACAUCAACAGUUCUUCUGAGGAGGUGGUGGUGCUAGAGAACCCAGCGGAUGUGCCAGUUUACGUGCAAAUCAUCCCUGUUGCACUGUAUCCUAACCCCUCUAUGUUUGCAGAGAAACUGGCCGACAGACUGACUCUGGGAAAACUGUCCAACAUCAGCACUAACACACUGGAGUUUGAAGUUUACAAAAACCAUACGUCCGUUACAAAGAGCGUCACAGGUUUUGCAGAGGGACAGACACGACCCCACAUCUGCAACCUCCUGCUUCUUCCUCGGGAGGUCAAGUCUUUCACUGUGCGGUUCACCCCUGUCAGCAGCCAUACUGUGGCCUCCCUGCUCGUUGUCAGGAACAACCUGACUGUGCUGGACUACAUGCUGGUCCAGGGCCAGGGUACCACAGAGAGCCUGAGGGUUGCAGGCAAGGCCCCUGGGCCAGGCAGCUCCCUGAGAUUCAAGAUGACAGAGUCCCUGCUCAAAGACUGCACAGAGGAGGUUAAAUCAAAGGAACCUAAUUUUACCCUUCGAAGGACUUUCAAAGUGGAGAAUGUGGGACAGCUUCCAAUUACCAUCCAGUCCAUGGAAAUCAGUGGCAAUGUGUGUGAGGGAUUUGGAUUCAAAGUUCUCAACUGUCAAGAAUUUGCACUUAAACCAAAUGCUUCGAAGGACAUUGUCAUACUGUUUACACCAGAUUUCACGGCCUCACGAGUCAUCCGGGAGCUGAAGCUGGUGACAGCGGGUGGCUCAGAGUUCAUCUUUAUCCUGAAUGCCUCUUUGCCCUACCACAUGCUGGCGCUGUGUGCUGAGGCACUGCCCAGGCCCAGCUGGGAGCUGCAGCUCUACAUCAUCAUCUCCCUCAUUAUGAGCUCCAUGUUCCUGCUGGUGAUCGCCACGGCCUAUCUGGAAGCCCAGGGUAUAUGGGAACCGUUCAGGAGAGGCCUUUCCUUAGAAGCAUCCAGCACUCCCAUGGAGACUGGCAGGCCCUUCGAUCUCAGGGAAAUCGUACGAAUUCAAACUGAUGCAAACUUGAGUGAGUACGGAGACACAAACCACAACUCGACACGAGGAAUGUACAGCUCGGGAGGCCCUGCAUCACGGGCCAGCGGCCGCCAGUGUGCUUCCCAGACCCUUGGCGGCAGCAGAACCACUGUGGACCUGGAGGGUCUGAGGUCCCGGAUGAGCAACAGCAGGGCAUCUAUGCAAGCAGCCUCCGCGUUUGUAACCAAGGGAUCCAGCAGUUCAUCCUCAGGUUUGGGCCCAGACAUGGCAGCCCAGGCUCAGUGCCAGCUCACAAACCGGAGGACACGCAGCACCAGGCAGUGCCACCAAUCCCAUCCACAGCAGCAAACCUCUGGCCCAUCGGAGCAGCUCCCCCACACACCAGCAGUGCCUCCACAACUGCAGAAGCUCCACCCUGACGUAGGAGCCCGCCACAGCUCUGAGGAUUCUGACUACACCAGCCUGCUGGACGCUAUGGAUAAAGACCUGGACCGCCCUGAGUCACCCGCUGUGGAGGUGUUCCAGGAGCAGCCCCCGUCCCCUGAUGGGCAGAGCAAAGGUGCAGCUGUGAAAGGGAAAGUGCAGUCACGGAAGACAAAGGCUCAAAAGAAGCGAGAAGAGAAGGAGCGGCGAAUGAAGGGAAGGAGCCCAGGUGACGAGUUGAAGGAGGUUCAGGCUGAUAAUGAUGACAGCUCCUCCACCACAACAGAGACCUCCAACCCCGAUGUAGAGGCUGCUGUCAAGGAGGAACCUGCAAAGAAAAAAGGUCGGUCUAUUGUGGCAGACAAAGAGAAGGAGGAAGUCCCCGUUUUCCACAAGCCCAGAAACAAGAAACUAGGCAAUGCAAAGAAAGAGGUCCAGACAGAUGCCAAGACCAGUUCACUGGAGCUGCCGUAUGUAACGCCAUUGGAGAACAAGCAGAGGAAGAAUAACCCAGCUAAGGGCCUGAUGCACCCAGCACUAGCCUCUAGCCAAAAGAUGAGGACUGUACCUAAACAGAGAGUGGCUUGUGGGAAGCCAGAGGACUGCCGCCCACCUCCUCUGGGAAAGUUCCUGUCUAAUGGCUUGGCUCAGGAGCCAGGGAACAGCAGCAGCUCUGAGGGAGAGAAGGACUCCCCUCCACCAGAGUGGGACUCUGUACCCCUCCAUAAGAGUAACAGCUCUGCAGACAGCCUUCAGCAGAUUUCCCUACAGACCAUGAAUGCUGACCCCUUCCUGAAAAGGCCCAUCACAGACAUAUCCAGGGCCUGCUCACCUCCCCCUUCCACUCUGGGGACCCGAGGAACAUACAGCAGCGUGGUGAAUGCAAACAGUGAAACAGGCUUAAAGAAGGCAGCAGGGAGCAAGAGCAAACUGACUGCAUCAGCUUCCCUCCCAGGAAAGAAUGGUAACCCCACAUUUGCAGCUGUGGCUGCUGGCUAUGACAAAAGCCCUGGGGGUAGUGGGCUGGCAAAAGGAGUUGCCUGUAAGGCUGAACCCCCAGGGAAGAUGUCCAUCCCUCACACAAUGUCUGUGGAGAGCGACUGCUCUGACAGCUCUGGAUUGUGGAGUCCUACCGAUAGUAUAAAUAGCCAGAACUUCGACCCAUUUGGACCUAACAACACAUUUAAUCUGUCUAGAGUUUUCAAGGGUAUGACAUACUCCAAGAGUCAGGAGACACAGCAAAACUGGCCAGAAUUCAGUUCGGUGUCUUCCUCCAUCUGGGACGUCCCCAGCAGUGACCCGCUGUACUCCUGGCCGCCCAGUUCUGGCUCCCCAACUACAUCCCCUGCAUGCAUCUUGGGCAACACCAGCAGCCUCUGGUCGUCAACCACUCCCUUCAGCAGCUCCAUCUGGUCCACCAGUGGGGACAGCAGCCUUCACUCCCUGUCCUCGCCCUCACCGGCACCCCUCACCGAUCUGAUCGCCAUCCCUGACAGCAGCAGCAGUGCUUGCUCGGCCUUGACCCAGCCUACUAAUCCAGUGCCGGAAAUUGGGCGUACCUACAACCCGUGGAGCGUGUGGCGGCCAACCCUGGGUAGGCGGAGCUCUGAGCCUUGGCCCAACCCUACUGACAAGAGCAGCUGAUGGGCCACACCACCUUCCUAAACAAAACAGGCUAUGUGCAAUUUUCUUUUUUUUUUUUAAAAGACAAAAUUUGAAUGCAGUUACAAGAUAAUAUUGGCAAAAUGUGGUUCAAAACUUGAUACUACAACUAGGUGCUGUCUCUCCAAAGCCUCCCAUAUUUUAUGUAACAGGGCCUAGAACAGAAUUUUUUUUUUU